GCCACCAAUCUCGCUUUCGGUGACGAGCCGCUCCUCAACGAGGAGGCGGGCCCCCUUCUAUCUCCGGCUACGACUCCAGGCGCGGCCGAACAGGCCCAGUCGGUCAGGCUCCCCAUCAGGAAGAACGCAGGAGCGACUGUUUACUGGAAGCAUGUGAAAACGUGGAAACUAACUUGUGAUAUUAUAGUCUCGAAGCCGUUCGCCGCAGGACUACAACCGCCGCGACAACCGCCGCUACGAAGGCCGUAGCCGCUCCCCUGACGAAGAGCGUCACAACAACCGCCGCGAGAGACGCGAGCGCUCACCACGACCGAGCAACGGUCACUACAGCGAAGAGCGCUCCAGCCGCCCACCACCUCGCUCGCAGGAAGAACGCCAACAGGCAAAAGGCGAGAUGCUGAAGCAGGUGACCGACUCCUCGCAGCAGGACCGUAGGGUCUACGUGGGCAAUCUGGCCUACGACGUCAAGUGGCACCAUCUCAAGGACCACAUGCGCAAGGACGGCACGCUCGAUGUCAUCUUCGCAGACGUUCUCCUUCUCCCGAACGGCAUGAGCAAGGGUUGCGGAAUUGUCGAGUACCAGACACGCGACCAAGCACGCACCGCUAUCGAGACUCUUAGCAACACUCCGUUGAUGGGGCGCCUCAUCUACGUCCGCGAAGACCGGGAGACCGAGCCACGCUUCGCAGCACCACAGCGCGGCGGCCACGACGGCGGAUUUCACGGUGGCCGUGGUGGAUUUGGCGGCCGCGGAGGCUUCCAGGGCGGUAUGGGCGGCGGCUACGGCGGCGGCAUGCAGCAACAAGGUGGCCGCAGCCAGAUCUUCGUCUCUAACCUCCCAUUCCAAGUCGGCUGGCAGGACCUCAAGGACCUCUUCCGCCAGGCCGGCAACGUCAUCCGCGCCGAUGUCCACAUGGCACACGAUGGCAGCCCCAAGGGAUCUGGUGUUGUCGCAUUCGAGACUCCAGAAGAUGCCCAGAACGCUAUUCAGACUUUCCACGGCUACGACUGGCAAGGCCGCGUGCUCGAAGUCCGCGAAGAUCGCUUCGCCAAUUCAGGCCCGGGCGGUUUCGGUGGCCGCGGUGGCUUCCGUGGUGGCUUCGGCGGCGGUUUUGGUGGUCGCGGUGGUGGUUUCCGCGGAGGCUUCGGUGGCGGAGGAUACGGACGUGGUGGAUAUGGAGGUGGCGGUGGAUACGGCGGCUACCAGGGCGGUGGAGGCUACCAGGGUGGAGGUGGCGGCUACGGUCAAGGCGGCGGCUACAAUGCUGGCGCUGCGGCUGCUCCAGUCGUCCCACCAAACCCCUUUACCGACGGUGUGACUGCUGGCGGCGAGCAGGGUGGCUCGAUCAUCUACGUCAAGAACCUACCAUGGAGCACCAGCAACGAGGACUUGGUUGAGCUCUUUGUCACUAUCGGAGCCGUCGAUCGCGCCGAGAUUCAGUACGAGCCAAACGGACGCUCUCGUGGUACCGGUGUCGUUCAGUUCACCAGCGCUGGCGACGCUGCCACCGCCAUCGAGAAGUUCCAGGGCUACAACUACGGCGGUCGUCCACUUGGCCUCGACUACGCUAAGUACCCCGACGGAGGCGCCAUGGAAGGCCAGGAGACCACCGGCGACCUGCAGGCACAGAUGAUGUAAGGAUCUAACGAUUCGACAUCACGACCGGCACUACACAUUACAUUGCGGCUGCUCUCGAGUACAGCUAAAGCUGGAACGGCCACCUGGCUCUAGUACGGCAAUGGCUUGUAUCUUGUAACAUGCAGCGAGCCCUUGCAUCAGACGACCAGCGUGUCGCAAACACUUUCACCCUUUGAACCCCUCUGUAUAUUAGCUUCGAUGACUUCGACUCUUGGGAAGGAGGAAACGAGCCUUGGGCAAAGGUACAGAACACAGUAACGACUCAGCAACAUGGGAAUGGGCGAGAGAGUGUUUUCAUUGACAAAGACCGGUUCUACUGGAUCGUUCCUUCUUGCUAGCCUGGGUAGGCCAUCGCUUGAGAGGCUGAUUAGGUAGCGGAAUAUCUGAAGGACUGGUCAGAGAAAAGUGGUUCUUUGUGACAGGGUGAUUUUCGUGGGCGAGGUCGCU